UAGCAGUGCUGGAGGGUGGUGGCGCUGGAAGGUGGAGGGGAGGGGGCACACUCGGUUCCCAACCGGUCACACGGACCGGACCCACUGUGACCGUCACCAGCACCAGGACGGGGGUCCACAGCAGAGCCGGGAUUCACAGAAGAAGGAACUGAAACUGCCUGGACAGGCAUUGGAACCAGGGAGCGGGGCACGUUGGACCCAACUGGACCGGUGUGGCUGGGACGUGGGCUGGAAGAGUACCAAUAAGAAGGAGGUCGAUAAAAGGACUGUGUGAGGACUGGGAGCGAAGGAGCAUGAAGGUGGAGGUGGUGGUGGAGGACUCGAGGAGAGUGAGGUGGUUGAUGGCGAGGCUGUUGGUGGUGCUGGGACUAUGCAGGCUUCAUCAAGCGGCACCUAGCGACCCCUGGGGUCAGUGUCCGGUAAGCAGACGCUGCCAGGAGAAGUUUGGGGAUGGGACGUGCAACAAAGAGUGUACUGAGCCACGGUGUCUCCUAGACGGCUUGGACUGCCUCAAGGAGAGGGGCAAGUGCAAUCCGGGUCACAUCCAGUACUGCCGGGACCACUACGCCAACUCCCACUGCGAGCAGGGCUGCGAUAGCGCCCCCUGUGGCUGGGACGGCAGCGACUGCUUCACCCACCAGACCCCCGUGUGGGCCAAGGGCACCCUGGUGGUCCACUGUACACACGCGGGCCUCCCCCCUCAGCGAGCCGUGUCCUCCAACAGCUCUCUGCUCUGGGCGCUGAGCGUGUUGCUGCGCACGUCGCUCAAGCUGAGGGCCGUGGCCCCGCUGGCCCCCACCAGGGACAUCCACGCCCUGGACGCCCCCCAGCUGGCGGAGCUGCUGGAGCAGCCCACCGCUGGGGACGCCGGCGGCUCGGUGCUCUUCCUGCAGGUGGACAACAGGCCAUGCUCCCGCCUCCCUUCCUCCUGCUUCCUGAGUGCGGCCGAGGCGGGGGGCUUCCUGCGAGCCGUGAUUUCAAAGCGACCGCCAUCGUUCCCUACGCUGACAGAGCUCAGAGCCGUCAUCGAUGUGCGGGGCUUCAAGCAGGAAAUAGGACCAAGGGAGGAGGAAGUGACGAAGGAAACCAAAGAAGCAGUAGACUCCUCCUCCCCCGCGUGGCUCUGGGUGGUCAUCGCCCUCGCCGUGGGCCUGGCGCUGGCCUCGACGCUGGCCGUCCUCCUGGCGGUGAGGCGCUUCAGACGACGGCGGCGGGGCGACCAGCGGUGCCCCGAUCGCGAGGGCGGAGGAGGGGUGGGGACCAGACACCGGUCUACGGCGGCCAGCGACAACAGCAGUGGUGGCGGCGGUGGGGACUCCAAGGCCUGGCACCACCAGCAGCAGCAGCACUCCGGGCGCCAGGAGCCCCGCUCGCGCUCCGGGAAGGAGAAAGAGAGGAGCGGCUUGAAGAAGAAGAAGAAAGCGAAGGAGCUGGAGAAGAAGAGGAGGAGGGAGCCGCUGGGCGAGGACGCCAUGCGUAUGAUGAGGCCGCAGAGGGACCUGGACAUAGGGAGUGACACAGACUUCACCCAGAGCUCCAUGGAAGACAUCAACGCCCGCUGCUCGCGCCGCCAGCAAGAGGCGUCCAUCUGCGACCACCGCAGCCAGGAGCAGAAACACUACCGGGCCGGACACACACAGACACCCCGGCCCAUGCAGACUCCCCCUAGAGGCUGGAAGAGAAACAACAUCCCACCUCCCCUCCUCAGUCCUCCGCAGCAGACGGCCCCGGUGCACUGGUGUGGCCCCGACGGCUCCGUGGUCCUGAUCCGGGCGGUGCGCAGCGGUCUGGACCGGGUGGUCCUGGAGCUGCUUCGAGCUGGAGUACCCGUCAACAACACAGACCACACCGGGCGGUCCGCGCUCCACUGGGCAUGCUCCGUGAACCACCUCUCUCUCACCAGGACUCUCAUCCGCUACGGGGCGGCGGUGGACCUUCAGGACAACAAGGGCGAGACUGCCCUGUUCCUGUCCGCCCUCCACGGUUGCUAUGACACCACACGCCUCCUGCUGCUCAACGGAGCCAAUCAGGAGCUGCACGACCGCAGGGGCCGUUGUCCAAUAGACAUGGCCCGAGAGGGCGUGCACCACCAGCUCCUGGAGCUCCUAUUGGCCCACCGGGUGCAGCGAGGACCAAUCACGGUGGAGCCGGUGAAUGACAUGCUGUGGGAGGAGCGGGGGCUGAUGUACUCCCCGUGGGCGGGGUCGGCCGGGAUACCUGGGAGGUCCGCCUCCUUCUCAGGGGUCCUGGGUCACCGAGACAUGACCCCACCGCCACAGAGUGAUUGGUCGGUUGGCCGCGUGCAGUACCCCUCCCCCCAGAACUGGCGCCCGCAACAGCUCAACCAAUCAGCGACGGCGCUGGUCCCCCCGAGGGUGAUGGGCCGCUCGCCGCGCCCCAUCGCCACCCUGGCGGAGGUGACCUCGGAGGACGAGGACCGAGAGCGGCCCCUGGAGGUCCCCAGAGCCGUGACGCCUCACUUCCUGUCCCCGCAGCCCGCCCCCCGCCAGCGCUCCUUCUCCUGUACCCAGCAUGCAUUACAGAGGCACUCCAGCGGCCCCCCCCAGCCGGAGCCCAACUACGUGGUGGUGACGGACGGCCGGCCCCCCAAUGAGGGGGCGGUGGAGAGGGGGGCGGUGAUCCCCCCGCCCCGGGACGUCCCCUCCAUCCCGGACCACCCAGCCACCCUGCAGCACAGCCAGCUCCGGGCCAGGACGGAGGCAGCGGUGGUGGGGUUGGGGAUGGGGUUGGGGGGCUCGUCAGAGCAGAAGAGCAGAUUUGAGGCACCGGGCAGCCAUGCCAACACCACCCAGACGGCCCUGUAGAACCAGCCCUCCUCAACAACACACAGACUGUUGAGUUCUACCAAACGCUCAGUUGAGGCUGAAAACCAAAAUUGACUACCAACUAUAGAAGUAGUUCUCACCUGCUAUAAGCUAUUCCAUAUUUCCUGUACUGUGCGGGAGGGGGGGCAGACGCAUAGGUCGGAGCAAGAAAAACAUGAGCUCCCAGGUUUGUCUUGUUCCCAGGCUUCAUGUCAACUGCUUGGAGUUGGAAACAAACCAGAAGGAUAACAACAGCAGGCUUGGCAAACCCAGUUGAAAUUCCUCGUGGUCGCCACUAGUGGGCAGGGUUUCCACAAAAGACACAGAUACAACCUUGAAGAUAUAUGUUUGGGAAUUUUUUUAAAGAUUAAGUACAAAGACGUUUAGGCCCACCCAAACCUAGAGUACUUUAACGUCCCUGGACAACGGCCAUGAAAAUGAAAUAAUAUGAAUGUAUUUAAUUAUUUCUGUGUAAAAUUUGAGUCAUUUAGAAUCUCAUUACCAGCCCUUAUUGUUAUGAGCCGGUUUGUGGUUCUGCUUCACUGAGACUUUUUUGGCUUGUAAACAUACUUGCAAAUCUCUUUCUUAUUUUACGUUUAGCACUUUUAUUGACCUUCUUUCUUUUAUCUCCCAUAUCUAAAAGUGUAACUUUUUAUUAUUCGUCAGAUUAUAAACACUUAAAUUGGAUGUUCAUGAUUUAUUCUCAAUACAGAAAGAUGGAAAGAAAGGAAUAACGAAAGGUGAUUCAAUGGGUUAACGAUGAUCAACUUCCAGAUGAUGCGAGGUGACAUGAGGAGAGGUGACAUGAGCUGAGGUGAUACGGUGGGAAAGUUGCUAUGAGAUCGUUCCCGGGCAGGGCAGAGCCAAAUGAUGUGAAUGACCCGUCACACUUCGAGCCUUCCUAACGUGUUAGCCGCUGCCACGAGGAGGUGCCUGCUCUUCGCCACGGGGCGCCCCAUGCCAAGAAACACUAACCUCGGGGUCCUCAAUGGAAAUUCUUGAUUUUUCAACCCAAAACCACCAAACACCCGUGCAGGUUUCUUUCUCACACACGAUCGACGCGUACACACGUCCACACAUUCACAGCUCAUGGUGUUAAACCUCAUUAUUUUCAAUGGCAGUUGGAGAUCCAAAUGAACUCUGCACUCACUUAUUAUUACUCACUUAUAAACUAAAUACAAGGUAUAUUGGGCAUACUUUUACAAGUUUUAGGACCACACUACGAACGAAGCAAGGGUAUUUAUUUUUAGCAUUCAACCUUUCAAAAAUACAAACAACAAAUAUCCGUUAUAAAUAUCCUUUAGCCUACAUAAAGAUUUUAUAAAAAACAGCAUAUCUUCAGACCGACCCAUUGGUUUUACGCACAACACCCCUAUUGCGUAAAAGUUCAUGCGUAAGGACGCUGCGCCUCGCAUGUCGACGCCUCGGCCCGGCCCGGGUCUCGGCCCGAGGUGUCACUUCCAUGAGGGCCAAGUGGGGGCUCGACGCGCGUGCCGACAUAAGCGCACAGGGACGCCAAGCGUGUCUUAACACCUAGCGGGCUGUUUGAGUUUAUGGACAUCUGGACAUUUGUCAGGGAGUCAUGUUUUGUGGCACAUGGUCGGAAAUAACUAAUUAGGCCUGUGCCGCACUUCUGCCAGA